AAUCGUGGACAUGAUGUCAAGUCUACACGGUGUAAACAUCAGCUUGAGGACUCUUAAAAGUAAACUGAACGAAGCCGGGUUGUACCGCAGAAAGGAUUAUUCCUCGCCAAACGCCGUGAGUAACGCCAUCAGAUUUGAACUUCGUGGACCUGGACAACUACUCAAUGGGACCUAACUAUAUGUGGCACGCAGAUGGUUAUGACAAACUUAAGCCAUUCGGUUUGGCCAUUUCGGGAUGCAUAGAUGGAUUUUCACGUUAAGUAUUGUGGCUUCAAUGUGGACCAACAAAUAAUAACCCAACAGUGAUUGCUCACUAUUUCAUGUCAUGUGUGCGAAACCUCGGUGUCAUCCCCAUGAGACUGAGGACUGAUUGCGGCACUGAGAACGGCAUAAUGGCUGCAAUUCAAUGUACCCUACGCCACCAUCACAGUGACCACUACUCUGGAGCGUCCAGCCGCAUGUACGGCUCAUCUAUAAAUAACCAGCGUAUUGAGUCCUGGUGGUCUAUAUUUAGAAAGGGAAGGUCUCAGUUCUGGAUGGAGUUAUUUGCCGACCUUAGAGAUGCCGGAUACUUCAACGGGAGUCAUGAGCAUCAAUGCCUAUUGAGAUAUUGCUUUGGUGAUGUUAUUCAGAAGGACUUGGAUGAGUGUGUGAGACUGUGGAACAGCCACAGGAUUCGCCCUUCCAGAACAGCAGCAUGUCCAGGAGGAGUGCCCAAUGAACUCUACUACUUACCACACAGGUUUGGCUCCAGAGACUGCGGAUUUCAAAGUGAACAAGCUGAACUGGAUGCCCUUCCUGAGGCUAGCCUGUCAAUGACUCCUUGUGGGGACCCAAACAUGCAGGAGUACUUGGACUUUGCCAUGGAACACAAUCAGUUACAGGAGCCAGACAACUGGGAGUCUGCAUCCGAACUGUACAUGAAACUAAAAGAAAUGGCUCAGCUAUGAAAUGAUCAAAAAGGGAGGGUUUUUUGUAGUGGUGGAAUACUGCUGUCUGUCUGAACACAAUAUUUAUGAAUCUGUCACCCAAAGCUUAAUUGUUUUUAAGUGUGAAGUAAAUUAAUCAAAAAUAGUAA